UCUCUUGAUGUUUCUGCACGUUGUCGCGGUUGAUUCAAAGUUUUGCGAUUUCUUUCCAAUCGCCGCUAUAUAAGGCUUCAAACUACCGCUGAUCUUCAACUAACUAAGCCUAUCUUCGCGAAAUCCUCGUUAAACUUUACAAAGGACUUCAAAGAUUGUUAAAAAAUAUCGUUGGAAAUGACACGACCUUUGCGAGAAGUGGAACCGAUAAACACAUCCACUUUAAAAGCAUACUCAAGCUCUACGAUCGAGUGCUUGGAAAGACUAGAAGGAGGCGAUGAAGUGUCCUCGAGAAUCUCUGGAAAGUCUAGUCGCUGUGGAAAGUAUUCUUGGCUUGUACGCGGCUCUGCACUUGAGGUGAUUGAUCCAAGCACUGGUCAGCGUCUCUCAGCUUGGAGGUUUGGAUGGAGUACAAGCAAAAGACUAUCAUUCUCGAUUAAUUGUGUGGAGGAAUUUCCUUCCCCAGAUGGUCUAUACUUGCUGGUUGGCUUGCAGAAUAAAACAGGUUCUUGUGGAAUGGUGUGUUUGUUUGACCCAAUGCUAUCCAGAGUGAUCAAAGCGAUUGAGUUUCCUAUGGCUGUCACAACAAUUGAAUGUUUGACAAUGUCAGGUGGAGCUAAUGUCCCACAUCAUUCCAUCAGUGCUCAGUUGCGCUUAAUGUUUGGAGCAGUUGCUGUCGGCAUGGAUGGUGGUCAUGUGUAUCUGGUUGACUUAAGGCUAGACGAUGAUGUUGAGGAAUUUGAUGAAUGGAAUCCAAGUCACUUGGAAAUCAUUGAUGUUGACAAUCCUAAUAUAGGGACACUUCGAAGUAGGGCAAGAGAAGAUGGAGCUCAUAUAGCAUUUGAGUUAGGAGGAGAAUGUCACAUGUUGGGAAGUUUUUCCUAUGCAUCUCCAGAGGGUGAAAUUCAGGGCAAUUAUUCAUCGAGUGAGAUAAGCAUCACAAGCUUGAAAUAUAUUCGACAGUUGGGAUCUCUUGUCAUUGGUUACAGUUUUGGUUGUUUUCAAAUUUGGGAUUUAGAACAGCAUUCUCGAGAGUUCAGCAGUUCAUUCGGUGUAUACCUUCUCCCUGUGACUCAUAUAAUAUAUCAGGAGCCGGAAAACGACCCACGCUUGUGCUGUUAUCUGUGGGUUGCUCGUGGACAGACUGGUAAUGAAGAGAUUGGUGACUCACCAACCACUAUAACAUUGUAUCAACUGGUCUAUGAACGGAAGGAGACCUUGCCUGGCUUUGGUCGCGUUUUAAAGGAUUUUUCUGGAUGUGGAGGCCGUUUUGAACAUCAAUUGACGGGCGAUCCAUAUCAUUUAGCUGAUGCCACUACCUGUGGUAGCAGGGUAUUGUGCUUCUACACCUUAGAACGUGAUGAAGCUGCAGUUGAUGUGACAAGACUAGAUGACAGCUCUGAUGAAGUUGUGUCUCGUGAUUUGACUUUGGUCGUGUGCGUUUGGGAAGCCCCGCCAGCUGAACUUCACUCGAAUCCUUCGUGUCAUAUGGCGGUGUUUGACAUCAAUCGUUGGUAUCACUCGCAAAUGCCUGCUAGUAUCAGAGAUGCAAUGUACGGCAGUAAGGACCCAACAUGUCCGUUCUUCUCCGUCUAUACCCUCACCGAUGUCCUGGACGCAGCAAAUCCUGAUGCUUUAGUUGAUGUUUUGGUGCAUCCGAACGAUAUUGGACGAUUCUCCACAGCCUAUGGUGCUAUCCCCGAACAGUAUUACUGGGCCUCUUCACUAACUUUUGAUAUCGUAUGUUUAAUGGAAACAGGAAUUGUUUGCGCCGAUUUUUAUGGAACUCAACAACAAGUUUUAAGCGAGCUUGGUCGUAAAGGAGUGACGGCAUUGAACGAAGCACACGAAUUCUUUCACCGAUGCUGGACCGCGAGUCUAAUGCCCAAGAAUUUUGAUUUUUCCCGCGCACAAGAGAAAACAUUUCAAGUGGAGGGACUUCUCUCUGUAGCUCUCGAGCAUAACCAAACUUCGUUUAUAAUAUCUUGCAUUCAGAAACUCGGAGAAGACAAUGUCACUUAUGCUGGUUGUAAUUUGCGGAUAAUUUUGGAAUGGGCCUGGGAUCAGGUUAUUCAAAUCAAGCAACAUUUGGACCAGUUGUGUAUACCGCUGUACGAUGGUACUGGCAUAUUUGUGGAUAAGCAAUUGAUCGCCAUCUUGGAUCACUACAGCGUACAACUUGGUAACCUCGUCGAUAUCUUUCAAGCGCUGUCGUCAGCAGCUCCUACAACUGAACAAGGUCUUAAGGAACUCGAAUCCCAACACACCGUCUGCUUUUUGCUUCAUCAGUAUUUGCAAGUGGUUUUGUUUUUCAUGAAGCAACGUCUUCUUCCGGAGCUCUUUGACAACAAUGAAGAUGGCGAAUUGAGUUCCCAGUACUAUCCUGGGGAAGUUCUUGCUCAACAAUAUGGCGUACGUAGACGAGAAUUGCACCAAUCAAAUCACGAUUCUCUAGGUAGCCUAAUGAUUGAUCGAAUCAUUUCGACCGUCACCGAGAGUUUGAAUACAAAUCUUUGGGACACUGAAAACAACUGGUCUGAACUUUAUCCACCGCCAAAUUUGCAUGCGCUGUGCAGCUUAAUUCUUCAGGAGAAAAUUAAUUCCACAUCAAAGCUUUGCAUUAUAUAUUACGCAUUGCUUGACCUUUGCUCGAUGAAUCCACAGUUUCAAACGAAGAAGGUUGCAGAGAAGUUUGCAGCAACGUUUGGCAUCCAGCCAGUGUUGGUGAAACUCUUUCAUGGAUUCUGGUGCUUGGAUCAUAAAAACUUUGAUAAUGCUCUGAAAUUUCUUAUCGGAUCAGCAGACACGCUUGUUUUAGCUCCGUGGCAAAAUUCCCACAUCAUUCGUCUCUUACUGGAUCAAGACGAGAGUAAGAAAGCGUUGCUGUUUGUUCGUUCAGUAAAGCCUGCGAUGGCCAGCCCAUCUGACGUUGAGCUUCGUUUGUCCGUUCUUAUUAAAAAUGGUCUCAUCACUGAGGCUUUUCAAUUUCAGCGGCAAUGCCGAGAUCCAGUGAGAAGACAAGAAUUAAUCGAGCAUUUCUUCUUUGGAUGUCAUCAAUCCAAGAAUACAAACAAAAUCCUGAAGCUACCGCUGAACAAAGUAGAAGAGGAGCAUUUGAUAAGAUUCCUCGAGCAGUCACCAUUCCCCCACGCUCGAGAGCUGCUUGUCAUGUUCUAUCUGCAGCGAGGAUCGUAUGUCGAGGCAAUCCGUCUCAACGAGCUACUCAGACACGACACCAUGAGUGAAGGCGAUCCUGCCGCCCAGCAGAGAGCCGCUGUGAGAAACGUCAUUUUGGGAAAAUAUUUUGAUCUACUUCCAAAAGUACAACAGGAUUUGGCGAUGCGCCGUGACACGUCGUUAAGACAGAAAGCGACCAAGCACAUUGAAGUACCUCGUCCCAAGCCUCUGUCAACGGUGGUGAAGAAUCAAGUGAAUGCUCGUCUCAUGUCGCAAACAGCUGUGAUCAAUGCCACGUUGGAGAAAAUUGCUGAAGCGAGAAUGAAUGAACCCGAUUCGCCCCAGGACGUUCCGUUUACCGGAACACCAUCAGCAAAGAAGACGAAGUCUUUGCUCAGCGAUUCUCAUCACAUCAGUUUUCCAAAGUUUUCAAGUGAAGAUAUAACCACUGCCGUAAUUGAACCCAAGUCCCGACCGGUGCAAGUAUCCCAACCACAAAGUAUGACCAUCAGUCCAAUGUCAACGUGGCUACGAAAAGACAGAGCACGGAAGGUUUUCAAGGGUGCAAAUGCUUUGUCGUUGUUGCAAACACCCCCAGUAACUAAGCAUUUGUCUUUUGCGGUCACCCCGAGUAUCCAGGACUCCACGCGGCCGAUUACAACGCCACAUUCAAUUUUAAAGCCUACCAAGAUCACAAGACGUAGUCCAUCCCCAAGUAUCAUAUCCCCGAGUUUACCGCCACGUGUACGGCGCGUGUCAGGUGACCGUGUACCUUGGAUGGAGACUGGUUCUGACAACGAUGAAUCAAGCUUUUCGUCACAAAAGAAGCAAAUUAGAUUCAAAAGUCCAUCUCCUUCAAGUCCCGGUAAUGAAGAUUCAUUUGCAUUCACUCGGCCAAUUACGUUCGUGAAAACGCCCGUUGCUAAGAUACCAGAGGAGGAUGACGUGAUGGAAACCGAGACGGGAUCUGGGGCUGAGAACAGCUCGGGUAGCGUCUUGGAGUCUGAGAACGAAACUGAAAUGCAACCUUCCACCUCCGGGGAAUUGGAGACUAAGGAAGAUAAAACCGCAGAAGAGAAUGGAGAAUUGGAAUCAGCUAAAGGUGACGUCACGGUCGUGGCGAUGGUGGAUCUGGACAAUGAUGAUCAAUAUCAGGAGGAAGAACCCAGUUUGACAGAGAAAGCAUUUGAACCUGCAGAUUCAUUUCAUCCCGCUCAUGGAGCAUUCCCGCCUGCAGACUCUCCUCAGCCCGCAGGUGAUGAAGCAGCAAGCGAUGACGUGCAAGUGAUUGCCGUCCUUGACUUUGACGAAGAUGAUGAUGCAGAAGAGGAAAUGUUAAACGAUGGUGAUGGAGCGACACAGCCUGGAGAAAACGAGGCGAAUCUUGUUUUUGAAAACCCGGAUGUAGAAAAUACCGAAGCAACGCCGGCAACCGACGAUGACCUUUCGGCAGUUCCUUUCGAUAAAGAUAGUGCUUUGAUUAGACCUUCUGUGGUCGAACCCAAAGACUUCAUGGAAACGUCGCUAGGAAAUGCUGAUGAGGCGCCUUCUAAAGCAGUGUCUACCAUGACGACAAGCCAAACUCCAUCCGAGCCACAACCUCCCCAACCUUCUCCACCAAGUGCCGAGGUUUCCCCCGAACGUCCACCGGAACGUAGCUUUAUGCCACUACGGGAUACGACCUUGGUCGCUUCGCAACCUCUCGAGUCUACUGAACAUCGACCAGAGGAAGAUUUGCCUACCGGACACUUAUCUUCCACAACAUCACCCCCGGGGAUUUUUCACUCUACGGGUUUAGACCCGGACGCUUCAACAUCCGCGGAGUAUGACCGGAGAAACGAUCUCCGGGAUUUCCCGUCAUCCUCGGCCUCUACGCUUUCAUCAAGUAACGAGUUAUUGGGAGCAUUUAGACAUUCGCGAGCCGAAGAUAGCUUCCAGGCUCCAGCAAUGACGAGCACCGGCGCGGCGUCGUCUCCAGUUCCCCAGGCUGGUAAUCCAAACUCACGUCCAACCACCGAAGGCACUCCGAUAACCGAUCAAACAACGAGUGUUUCCGCGAUGACUCCGCCGAUGUCACCGCCGAAAAUGAGGGGGUUGUUUGCAUCAUCCAGUAGCACAAAGAUUUCUCCCCGAAUAUAUUUGGAUGAUAUCAGUGGUUCUUCACAUCGCGCUGUUCAGGCAACCGUGGGGACCCCCUCACAGUCGGAUCGUCGUCGAUCACGGUCUCCGCACAGGAUCACACCCAGUCGAUCUUCCCCGCCGUUAACGCGUUCCACUCAGCGAAGAAGAUCUGCCAAACUCAGCACUCCACAUCAAUCUCCAACGGACAGCCCAAUAUCGUUUGUAACUCCGAUACAUAAAACAUCCCCUCGGAGAAAGUCUCUUGGGCAGAAGAAAUCCCUGAAGUUGGCGACACAUAACAUGACCUUGCGCGCGAGGAGUUGUGGUAACAAGACAACGCGAUGUGCUAGACUGCCGAACACAAACUAAACGACGUGAAGUGAACGUUAGGUAGGAUUGACUUGUGUGAUCAAAAUGAUAUUUUUUUAAGAAUUCAGGUUUUCAUAGUAGUCUGGUAAACAUUAAAUCGUAUAUCAAAAUCAAAUCAAAUGCAG